ACUAAUUCUGUACCUCUGCAACGAGUCAGUUCUGAGAGGAAAUGCUACGCAGCUUCACCAUCUUGAUCAAGUGCUGCUAAUCAGCUGAAAGUACAGUGUUUGUUAUGGGCAUUGCAAAAAAAUAAACAGUUUAUUCGGCGUUUAGAUGAAGAAGAGACGUAAGUGCUGAGUGUUUGAAGCAACUAAUCUAAAAGAGCGAAAAGAAGCAUAUAUUAGCAUCGUAUUAAAGGCAAAAUGGGGGGAGGAGACUUGAAUUUGAAAAAAUCGUGGCAUCCGUCUACCAUGAAGAACAUGGAGAAGGUGUGGAAGGCGGAGCAGCAAAAUGAUCAAGAGAACAAGAGGAUAGCCGAGCUGAAGAGGGAGAUUGAGAUGGAGAAGGAUCGGGAGGACAUGACGAGGUACGCGAUGGAGCAAGGCGUGAUAGGCAAGAAGGAUGAGAAGAAGCUCGACUGGAUGUACAAGGGACCGAAUCAGAUGGUCAAUAGGGAGGACUACUUGCUGGGUAAGCCGGUCGACAAAAAUUUCGAGCAAAUGCAACAGGCAGAAAAGGAUGCGGAGCUGAACAGAGCACCGAAAAAUCAUGUUGAGUACGAAUGCAUUCCACCCUCAUUGCGUUUCUUUUCCGGUAACGAGCAGGUCGAUCUGGCCAGAAAGAUGCAAGAGGAUCCCCUGUACGCUAUAAAAAAGAAAGAAAUGGAGGCGAAAAAUCAGCUCCUAAAAAAUCCUGUCAAGCUGAAGCAAAUCAAAGAAUUGCUGGAACAGCACUCACGCAAGGAUAAGAGUGAGAAGAAGAAGAAGAAAUCGAAGCACAAGGACGAUAGUGACGAUGAGGCUAAAUUGGACAUGUUGUUAGCUACUAAGCUUAAACAACUGAAAGACGAUAUGAGUGAAAAAUAUUUGCUGAAAUCGAUGAAAAAGUUAAAGCAUAAACGAAGAAAGAAGUCAAAGAAGCACAGUCGCAGUUCCGAUAGUGAAUCCGAUAGCAGUGACGACGAUACUUCUGCUAAGAAGAGGGGCAGCAAGAAGGAAGAUAGGAAAAGAAAAGCAAGCGAAGACAGAAACGCGGAAUACGAGAGGAGCAAAAGACAUAAGAAGGAAUAUAGCAGGGAUCAUAAGCAGCAUCGAUAUGAAGAUGAUGAUCGGCAAAAGGAUCGAUCAAGAAGUAGGAAUAGGUGUAACAAUGAAAGGAGAUACCCUGCGGAGAAGCAGAGCGUUGCAACCUCCAACAAUACGAAAACGUCGUCCAGUAAAUCUACUUCAGACGACGGUUAUAAAUUCAAAGACAGAAGGGAAGAAAAAUGGAGAUCGAAACCGAGAUCGAGUUUUACCGAAGAGGAGAAAGAACGGCGACGGCAGGAAAUGAUGGCAAACGCGGUGUGGCGCGACAAAGAGAGAGAAAAGACUCUCCAGACGUACCGGCAGGAAGAGAAGUGGGAAGCGCAGAAUAAUAAAUCGUACAACAAGGAUUUUAUCAGGAAACAGUUGGUUGCCGCGACAGAGAUGGGCAGCGUUGCGUCCAGGAUCAAAGCCAAUAUCAACAACAUACAACGUUCUGGUCGCGCGAUGGAUACGAAUUUCGCGAAGAGAUGAUUUCUUGUAAUCUCAAUUGUAACAUUAUUGCAUGUAUUAUAGUAACGAUGAAGCUAUUACAUU